AUGAACAGCUCCCAUACUGUUGGCAGUGACAGCAAUGGCUCAAACUCAGAGCUGUGGCACGUGGAAAGCUUGGUCGUCAGCGUGAUCCUCAGCUUGUCUUUUCUCAUUGGAGUCCCUGGAAACCUCCUGGUGAUAUGGACCAUCCAUCGUCACAUCAAGCACAGAUCCCACACUGUGGUGCUGAUCCUGAACCUGGCUGUUUGUGACUUUGUGGUCCUCAUCACUCUGCCUGUUUGGAUCUACUCUCUGGCUGAUGCCUGGGUCUUUGGAGAGACGCUCUGCAAGGCAAUGGUGUACGUAAUCUACUCCAGCAUGUACGGCAGCGUGUUCUUGAUCACAUUGAUGAGCGCAGAUCGCUUUGUAGCCAUCAUCUACCCGUUUUCAUUGCAGUACUGGAAGAGAAAAGAUGUUCUAUUCAAGGCUAUAGCUGCCGUUUGGAUCCUGGCUUUCCUCUUUGGCAUUCCUGUUAUUCUGUCACAGACAGCAGACGAUAUAGAUGGGAAGCCAAAGUGCCUUGACCGGGUGUACGCAACAAAAACGCAGGAGGUUGGUUGCCUGUUGCUGGAGACCUUAGUGGGUUUUGCCAUUCCCUUUUCCAUCUUAUCCAUUUGUUACUUGCGGGUGGGGAAGCGGAUACACCAAAUAACUUUCAAGACCAAACCUAAGUCUGCUACCCUGAUUACAAGUGUGGUCAUUGCUUUUGCUGUGUGUUGGUUUCCAUAUCAUGUUUUCAACCUGAUCAGGAUAGCAUCCACACUGAUGGAAGGCGAGCAGAUGCUAGCUGUAGUUGCUGAGACUGGAGUCUACAUUUGCGGGGCUUUAGUCUUCAUUAGCAGUUGCAUUAACCCCCUGCUGUAUGCUUUUGCUGCCCGUCGUUUCCAAGGCUGCAUGAAGGAGUCCAGAAUAACAAAGUUGUUCCAGGAGAUCACUACCUCGACCACCAGGGCCAAGGAAACAAAUCAAACAUGUCUCACACCUAGAAUGAAGAGAUCAGCUGUCAGCACUGUGACAGUUUGA